CGUGAUGGGGCGUAUUUAAGUUCCUGGCGCGAGAUCAGUUUUCAGAAGAAAAGAUCCUUUCGACCUCUUUUGACUAGAAUCGUAUCUCUGAACAGAAAUGGCUUCCAGUGGAAAACUCAAGCAGGUCAGUGAGAAGUCCAGUGAGAACAUACUGAGCUUUUUUUCUACUUCAAAAAGGUCAGUGGGGCCUCAAAGGAUGACUCUUCAGGUACUCCAGCCUUCAGCAGUUAACAAAGAGUUUGGGAGGGCAUCACAGGGGUCAAGGAUCAUUCCCAAACGAAAACAAUGGGUCCCAGAACUAAUUAAGGGUCCAAAGAGAGUGAAAGUUGAAGUCAAAUCUACUCAGACAGAAGCUCUUGUCUCUCCAAACAGUGAGACAAAUGAGGCCUAUGAACUCAUGGUCAAAGAAACCCCACCCACAACAUACUGGAAAGAGGUGGCAGAGGAGAGGCGUAAAGCCCUGUAUAAUGUUCUACAAGAGAAUGAGAAGCUCCACAAGGAAGUAGAGACAAAAAAUUGUGAAAUUUUGAAGCUUCAGAGUGAGAAUGAUGAGCUACAGCAGUUGGCACAGCACGUUCAGUACAUGGCUGAUAUGAUUGAACGACUGACUGGUAAGAGCCCGGAUAAUCUUGACCAAUUGCGAGAGCUUGCCCUUGAUACUGAAGAGGAAGAUGAUGAUUCGUUUGAACAAACUAAAGACUGUGAGGAGGAAGUUGAAGACUCGAACCAAAGGGACACUGAAGAAACUCCUCAAGUCCCAGGAGUGUGAAUGAAAACAUUCAAAUGACCAGGAAUAGCUCUUGCUGUGGCCUGGGCCUAUGGCCUUAAAUUGACUUUUACUUGAACUUUCAAGUUGUUUUUUGAACUUUAUUUUAUGCCUAUGGUUUUUAGCUCUUUGACACAUGUCAGCUGUAAAAAAUAUUUUUCUAAGGAUUGGUUGAUUUACUGUAAGGCACAUUAUACCUUGCCAAAAUAAAAUUCUUAACUUCUCA